AUGAGCUGGAACUCGAAUGGAGAAAAGUUUAAUGGAACUCGCAAUGGCUCUGUUUCCGCCACUCCUCAAAAGGAAAACUACGUUCAAGUACCAUCCUCAUCUCCAAUAAUUAUAAAGUCAUCUCCAUCUGAUGAAGUUGAACGUGCAGCGCAACCAAGUUUCAAUAGCAAGAUUGACGAGCAGAAACAGAUUGAGAUUGAAAAGAAACGUCAAAAGAUUCGUGAACAUAAGGAUUUUCCUCUUAUCAGGAAAAGAUUUUACUACCUAAGUGAGAGUGAUAUUUUCAAAGGUUUUGUAAAAGGCAAGGGAAUCGUACGUGAUGUAACUAAAUGGUUGGAAGAUAAUUAUAGUUAUAGUGACUAUUUGAAGAAACAAAAAGCCGAGAGAGAAGCAAGACUAAAACAGGAGGAAUCGAUGAGACAGAAGGUUAGAGAAGAUCGAUUGAAAAGAGAGUACGAGGCAGGGUUAGGCCAAAAGAGUGAACAAGUAGAGCAAGGUGAAAAAGUUGGCACAGUAUAUGAUGACGAGGACGAAUCUCCAGUUAAAAUGAAGGGCAAAGCUCGCGUGAAAAUUGAGGCAACCUCCCCGUCCAAGGACGACCAGCUGUCAACGAAGGUCGAAAUCAAGACAAGACAAUCAUUACUCAACAAGUACAAAAGCCAAGGUCCUAAACAAACCACCCUCGAAAGAUUUGGAAGACUAGGCUCUUUAUCAAAUGAUGUGACAAAGAAACGGAAGUUGGUCAAGGGAUCAUUAUUCGAUAGGUCACAUUCACCCAGUUCUGCAUCGGUGUCUCCGGUUCCAGCUCCAAGCUCCUUAAGUGCCAAGUUUAGCUUUGACAAUAACAACAACAGCACAUCUAGCCUACAUAGCAGCGAGACGUCCUCUCAAGUUGAUGAAUUGGAGGAGCUGGAGAGAAGAAUUGCGGAAAACCUUAAAUUGGCCAAACUUCGAAAGCAGCAGUUACUGAGUCGCCAACAAGUUCGAGGAAGCAACAAGCAAAAUGCGAUCGAAAUAAGUGACGAUGAGGAUAUACUAGGAGAUGACGAUGCUAGCGACUCCAUGUCGGACGAGGAUCUAGACAUGAAUGAUGAGGAAGGGCUCACCACAAUAGAUGCCAAGAUCCUUGAAUUCAUUAACAACGCACCAAUUGAGGACUUGGUUGAUAUAUCAAAUAUUGAACCAGAAACUGCAGAACUCGUGAUCAAGUCUCGCCCGUAUCAAACCAUCUACGAUAUAUCAGAGAAUGAUUUCAGCCAAGACGAAUCCAAGAAGAACAGUCGAAAGAAAAAGAUGGGAAUGAGAAUAAUUGAACAAACUGAAUCUAGUUUGAAAGGUUACAAAGCAAUAGACUCCUUGGUCAAGAAAUGUGCAGAGUAUGGUGACGUAAUCUCUUCACAGAUGAAGAAAUGGGGUGUUUCGGAAACGGGCGAAAAUGGAGAACUUGAUACGGUUGAUUUGGAUCCUGUUCUGGAUGAUGAGAUAAAGGAUACUGAGGAAGAAGAUGGACAGGGUGAUGACGACGAUGACGAAGUCGUUGUUGUAAAGAAGAAAGGGUUGAGAUAUAUCAAACACAAGCCAGCGUUACUAGACGAACAGAUCACAUUGAACAAUUAUCAGCAAGUAGGACUCAACUGGAUUAACUUGCUUUAUCAUCACAAGCUUUCUUGCAUUCUUGCCGAUGAAAUGGGUUUAGGAAAAACGUGUCAGGUUAUUGCGUUUAUGGCGCAUUUAAAGCAAGCUGGUGAACAAGGUCCUCAUUUGGUGGUGGUUCCUGCUUCCACCAUUGAAAAUUGGAUUCGUGAGUUCAACAAAUUCUGUCCCGAUAUCAAAGUUCAAGCUUACUACGGUUCACAAAGUGAAAGAGAGGAAUUACGAUACGAGUUGCAAGAUGCUGAUUUUGAUGUAUUAGUAACCACUUAUUCCUUAGCGUGUGGGUCUCCUCAAGAUGCCAAGUUUUUGAAGCAUCAAAAUUUCAAUGUUGUUGUAUAUGACGAAGGGCAUUUGUUGAAAAACUCACAAUCAGAACGUUACACCAAGUUGAUGAAACUAAAGGGACAGUUUCGAUUAUUGUUAACAGGAACUCCGUUGCAGAACAACUUGAAGGAAUUGGUGUCGUUGCUAUCAUUUAUCUUGCCUGAGGUUUUCAAUGAAAAGAGGGAGGAUCUUGUUGGGAUUUUCCGUCAAAAAGCAAGUCGAGUUUCUGAAAAUGGAAAAUCGUCUUUGAAAGAGUACAAUCCGUUAUUGUCAAUGCAAGCAAUCAAAAAUGCCAAGAUGAUGAUGACCCCCUUUGUGUUGCGUAGAAGGAAAGACCAAGUGUUGCAACAUUUACCAGCCAAGUGCCACGAGAUUGUGCAUUGUAAGUUGACUUCCGACCAAGCGGAAUUGUACAACAAGUUUCUUAAUGACGGUAGAAGAAUAAGGAGUGAGAGAAUACGAAGGAAAAAUUUGUCUCCCUCCGAGGUAAUCAAGUUGAGCAAAACAGACCCCAUCCCAACCUCGUCAAAUGUUUUGAUGCAAUUGCGUAAGGCCGCACUACAUCCACUACUCUUUCGCGUGAGGUACACCGAUGAAAAGAUCAAAUCGAUGGCAAAAGCAAUCAUGAAUGAGCCUGAAUACGUUGAGGCGAACGAAACAUACAUUUACGAGGACAUGACGGUUAUGUCUGAUUUUGAGUUGCACAACUUGUGUGUAAAAUUUCCACACACGUUGAAAAAGUGGCAAUUGGACGAGUCGUCGUUUUUGGAUAGUGGGAAAGUUGUUGAGCUACAAAGGAUCCUCGACAUAAUCAUCAACAGCAAGGGUGAAAAAGUUUUGAUAUUCUCUCUUUUCACUCAAGUAUUGAACAUUUUGGAGAAAGUGCUUUCCAUUUUCAAAUACAAAUUUGUCCGACUCGAUGGUGGUACCAAGGUUGAGGAGAGACAAGAAACAAUCGACAUGUACUACGAGGAUGAUACAAUCCCAAUUUUCUUACUUUCUACAAAAGCCGGUGGUUUUGGCAUCAAUUUGGUGGCUGCCAACAAUGUCAUAAUCUUUGAUCAAUCGUUCAAUCCUCAUGACGACAAACAAGCGGAAGACAGAGCUCACAGAGUUGGCCAAACGAAGGAGGUUACAGUGUACAAGUUUAUCACUGAGAAGACGGUGGAGACGAAUAUUUUGAUGGUUGCGGAAAACAAGUUGCAGUUGGACUACAGCAUUUCAUCAAACGAAGCCACAGACAGUAGUAAGUUUGAGGAGAAUGCGGCAUCCAUAUUCGAGAAGAUUUUGUUUGAGGACAAGAGUAGUUGA